AUGACUUCCUCAGCCGGCUGCUGGGAAGCAGCCGGCUUCCGGCCGGCCGGCAGGCCGGCCGGUAAACGAACGACGCUGGGGUGGCACACCCCAGCAGUACGCCCGGGCAAAGAGCCUAUGCUCGAGGCCCGCACCCGGCGCCCCCACACCACCCUCUUCCACCCCUCCAGUCCCUUUCCUAGUACAUCACCCUAUCGUGUCGUGAUGUCGCAAAGGGGCAAAGCCCCCAGGAAACCUCCUGACAGGGGAGCUCCCCGAACUGUUGUGCGUCGGGAUCUAAGGAACCCGACCAAGCUGGUCCCCGCCACUGAGCUGGGGACCUUCCACGCUCGCCCGGCAUCCAAGGGCACCCCCUCUGCCCUCGCGGGAAGCGGCAAUGAUGCCGCCGACCGGGAACCAGGCAGAGGGGAAAGAUGCGCGCAACCUGGCCCAUCUAAAAGACGCGCACCGCCGUCGCCGACCUCGCCCGCUAGAGUCGGGUACCGUGCGGCGAAAGCCCUCACCCCCUCCGCGCUCACCCUCCCCCCGCCGGAUAGCGGGAGCGAGGAGGAAGGGGGAGACAGGCGUUUUUACGGCGACGUACAUGCGUCGCCUGCGACCUCGCCUGAGCCUUCGCCAGCACCCUCGCGUGUGCCCUCGCCGCUACCUCGCUCCUAUACGCUAGAUAGGGGCGAGUAUGACGCCACGUCAUAUGCGGCACUCGAACCGGUGCCACAAUCGCCCGAGCCGAUGCUCCCCCCCGGCCCCUCGCCGCGACGACGAACCCCGCCGUCCUUUGCGGCAGUAGUGGCAGGCCCCGCCACCCCAACCCCCGCCACCACGGCUCCAGCCCCGCAAAUGCCCUCACAGGGUAAGGUCGCCGAUACGGGCGUAGAACCCGCCACAGGGCGAGGCAAAUACCCCCCCAUAGUGGUAGAACGCCUCCCUAACUGGACGCGCCACUUCGACCAGCUCAGGCGCGUACUGGGGGAGGCACCCAACGCAAGACCCUACGGCACUGGGGUUAGAUUCCUGCCUAGGACGGACGAAGAAUUCCGUGCCGUCCAAAGGUAUUUGAUAGAGGCCAGCGAAAAGGACCCAACAAUAAGUUGGUACUUUUAUAGUCUGGCCUCCGAACUGCCCACCAAGGUGGCGAUACGGGGCCUCCCCGCCGACACCCCCAAUGAGAGGAUAGUGGAGGCACUGCAGGAGAAGGGGGACGAGCUCACACGCUUGUACGCGACUGACGAGCUCCUGUACAUGCGGGGCGUCGUGGUUGAGGCGUGGAAGCCGGCAUCGGUGCUGCCACAAUGCCACAGAUGCCAGGCAUUCGGCCAUGCAUCGGCCAAUUGUCACCGGCCUGUAAAAUGCGUUCGCUGUGGUGGGGAGCACCCGGCGGCGAACUGCGACAGGCCGCGUGACCAAAAGCCGACAUGUGCCAAUUGCGCAAAACCUCACACCGCCAACGACCGGAAGUGCCCGGUGUAUAAAAGAGAGGCCCGGCAGAGGGGAAUCAAACCCCGUCCCCCCGUCCCCACUGCGUCGUCGACGGCGCCCAAGGCGCAGCAACGGCGGCGCAAUAAUCCCACCGCGGCGCCUCGUACAUACGUCGCCCAGGCUCCCCCUCCCGUAAUAACGGUCGAGGAAACCGCUGGCGCCAACCUAAUGGCGCCGGCUAACGAACCGACGCAACGAGGCGCCGACGCCGGUGCAAUUAAAAAGCGCCGCCGCCGAAGACGCGGCAAGAAGAGGCGCGGAGAUGAGCCCGUGACGGCAUCAACCCCAAUCCCCUUCCUACCUGAUCCCACCCCAAUAUUUGCGUACAACGCACCCCCCUCCCUUCCCAUGCAUGCCGUCCCAAAUCAGGGCCCGCGUGCAGCGCCACGUCGCCGCCAAGCGGCGCCACCGGCACACAAUGUGCCGAGAGUGGCUUUCAAGCCGCUUUUGGCGGACGUAAGACGCGCACCUCCCGCGCCUCCCACAUACACCGCAUACCCCGCGCCGCGUUCGGCACGCGCCGCGCCCGCCCCUUCACACAAGCGCCCGUCGACAGAGCACUGA